AUGCCCUUUCUCUCCCUGUGUCUGCUGCUCUUGCUCCUGGGCUCCAGAGCUGAAGCUGGGGAGAUCAUCGGAGGCACAGAGAGCAAGCCACACUCCCGCUACAUGGCCCUCCUGGAAAUCACCACUUCCCAGAACCACACAGCCCUGUGCGGUGGCUUCCUGAUAAGACGGAACUUCGUGCUGACAGCUGCUCACUGCUCAGGAAGCUCUAUAAAAGUCACCCUGGGAGUCCAUAACCAGAAAGAAGGCAUGUGGCAGAAGCUAAAGGUUGUAAAGCAAUUUCUUCAUCCAAAGUAUGCUGACUUUUUUAUUCGCCAUGACGUCAUGUUGCUGAAGUUGAAGGAGAAAGCCAACCUGACCCUGGCCGUGGGGACGCUUCCCCUCCAGCCCCAGUUCAACUUUAUGCCGCCUGGGAGGAUGUGCCGGGCAGUAGGCUGGGGAAAAACAAGUGUGAAAGAGUCACGCUCAAAUGUUCUGCAAGAGGUGAAGCUGAGACUCCUGGAUCCGCCGGCCUGCCAGCACUUCCCAGGUUUUAACCACAGUCUCCAGCUCUGCAUGGGCAAUCCCAGGAAAGCAAACAAUGUGUUCAAGGGGAGCCUCUGGGGCCCUCUUCUAUGUGCUGGGGUGGCCCAGGGCAUUGCAUCCUAUGCACACAAGAAUGCAAUGCCCCCGUCUGUCUUCACCCAAAUUUCCUGCUACCGGCCCUGGAUCAACAAGGUCCUGAAGGAGAAUUAA